ACACAAUUAUAACAAUAACAAAACUAAAUAAAAAAUUUUAAUUAAUAUUUAAUAGGAAUAAUCUAUAAUUAGCCGGCUUCUGGGUGUCACUGUCAAUGCAAUUCACAGUCGUAAGAUGACCAUCUUCAAUCUGUAUAUAUUUGACAAGUGCGGCACGCUGAUGCACUACGCUGAGUGGAACCGCACCAAAAAAUCCGGCAUUACCCGCGAAGAGGAAGCCAAGCUGACCUACGGCAUGCUCUUCUCCAUCAAGUCGUUCGUGAGCAAGAUAUCUCCCUACGAUCCUCGCGAGGGCUUCCUCUACUACAAGACAAACCGAUACGCCCUUCACUACCUGGAAACGCCCUCGGGACUGAAAUUCGUGCUCAACACGGACACGACCGCCAUCAACGUCAAAGAGCUGCUACAGCAGCUGUACGCCAAGAUCUGGGUGGAGUACGUAGUCCGGGACCCCCUGUGGAUGCCCGGCACGGUGGUUACCUCCGAGCUGUUCCAGAGCAAGCUGGACGAGUUCAUCAAGCAAUCGCCCAUAUUCGGUAUCAGAAACAUCUAGAAUUAAAUUACCCCUAAGCCAAUAUCAAAUGCUUACAAAAUUCCAACUCUAAGGUCU